GAGAGAGAGACUUGGUGUGAUUAGUUGAGUGAUCGGAGCCAGUAGAAACCCAGUCUGUGAUAACAUCCUCAUGCACAUGACUGAGAGGAGCCAGAACCAAGACUUCAAACACAUUGGAAAAGCAAGAGAAAACACAUCACACACCAGGCACUGUCCUUCCACUCCCCUUACAGCAGCACGCUUCUCAUGGGCAUCAGCAUCAGUGUGAGCACUCACCAGGGACUCAGAUCAGAAGAUCUUCAUUGACCAGCUACUGCUUCUGGAAUACCCUCACCAACACAGAGAAACAGCAUUACAGGGAUACUGUGAAAAUAAAGGAUGUCCUGGAACCUUGUUAUUUUGCUUUUCCUGAUGGGAUUCCUCUUGAUGGUUGUGGAAGCAGGAAAAACGCGACCGCAGGGGGGGAUUCCAUCACCGUACAAGGACAAUGGCAACACCUCUCACAGGCGCACUCGCAAGCAGGAGGUCCUGGCCUCCAGCCAAGAGGCCCUGGUGGUGACCGAGAGGAAGUACUUGAAGAGUGACUGGUGCAAAACCCAGCCGCUGAGGCAGACUGUCAGUGAGGAAGGCUGUCUGAGUCGCACCGUCAUCAACCGCUUCUGCUAUGGACAGUGCAACUCCUUCUACAUCCCCCGGCACAUCAAGAAGGAGCAGGAGUCCUUCCAAUCCUGCGCCUUCUGCAAGCCACAAAAGUUCACAACGCUCACUGUUGAGCUGGACUGCCCGGAGCUGCAGCCGCCCUUCCGACAUCGGAAAAUCCAGCGGGUAAAACAGUGCCGCUGCAUAUCUGUGAACGUCAGUGAAUCGGGCAAGCAGUGAGAUAGUCCUGUCAGCAUCUGCCAUUCUACACAUCUGCCAGCCUGGAGACUGCUGCCUGAGAUGCGAUACCAAUGUGGUGCCAAAACAGAUAGGAGACUCCUUAACGAGUGUGAUCGUGAUAAGAGAAUCAGAGCUGCCUGAUUUAGGUGCCUGGACUAGACUGAGCUCCAGCUCAGAGAAGUAGAGUGGCUCAGAAAAGGACUCCACUGAUAUUGAAAUAUUGAGAGCCUGCAACAAAAAAAAAAAGAGAUAAUUGUACUGAUUUAAAAUGUAAUAAAAUAAAAUGUAUUUAGAAAAAAUAAAACAUCUAUAUGUACAGUUCUAUUUUAAAAUGUUUAUUUUCUAUUUGAAAUAGUGUAAUCAAUGUGUACAGUAGUAUUGUUCUGCCUCUAAUCAACAUACAUGUGUUAACCUGCAAUUACACUAAUUAGAUUAAUGUUGGCUGCUAUUUACUUCUCAGAUUUGAGUACAUUUUUAUGUUAUGUUAGUUUCUAAGGGGAUAAAGGUUUUAAAAUGACAAGAAAUAAAAAUGCAGUCUGUAUAUAUUCAGUUUACAAAUUCCAGUAAAGGUCAUUCAUCGACAUAAACAUAAUAAAUCAUAAUUCAAAUCCUGUUUGAUAUUUUACUCUGUCAGAGCAUUAUAAAACACAAAUUAAGGUUAUAACACUAUAAUUGAAAAUAUGUUGAACUUUGACUUGUAGCCCUCUUUUGGGAAAUACUUGUGUAGAGAAAGAAUGAGUUGUACCUUUGCUUGUGUUCUACCAUUAGGUACCACCUCACAAAAAGGCUUAUCAGUGGAAACAUUGAUUUUUACUUUGUCCUUGUCGUUGUGUGUUUUGCUUCCUUUUGUAUUCAUUGUUAUUUGGCCCUUAAAGGAGCGCCAGAGCUAAUAUAAUAAAAAGGUUUAUUUAUUUAAAGCAUUUACUAGGAAAUGCACCCUGCAACUGAAGUCUCAUUUCUAUGUGGUGUAUGUUCUUUUAAAGAUAUUUAAAUAUUUCUGUCUAUAGUUCCAAUUUGACCUUGCAUGACUACUGAUAUUGUGCAGCAUUCUUAAACAGGGUUUCCCCAAUUUUUUUAG